AUGGCUAGAGGUCCAAAGAAGCACUUGAAGAGAUUGGCAGCUCCACAUCACUGGAUGUUGGACAAGUUGUCCGGAACUUAUGCUCCAAGACCAUCUCAAGGUCCACACAAGUUAAGAGAAUCAUUACCAUUGGUUAUCUUCUUAAGAAACAGACUUAAGUAUGCCUUAAAUGGUAGAGAAGUUAAAGCUAUCAUGAUGCAAGAGCAUGUUAAGGUUGAUGGUAAGGUUAGAACUGACUCCACAUUCCCAGCAGGAUUUAUGGAUGUCAUUUCUUUAGAAGCCACCAAUGAAAACUUCAGAUUGGUCUAUGAUGUUAAGGGUAGAUUCACCGUUCACAGAAUCACUGCUGAAGAAGCCUCUUACAAGUUAGGUAAAGUAAGAAAAGUUCAAUUAGGUAAAAGAGGUAUCCCUUACGUUGUUACCCAUGAUGGUAGAACUAUCAGAUACCCAGACCCAUUGAUCAGAGCCAAUGAUACUGUAAAGAUUGACUUGGCAACUGGAAAGAUCACUGAUUUCAUCAAAUUCGAUACUGGUAGAUUGGUCAUGGUCACUGGUGGUCGUAACUUGGGAAGAGUUGGUGUUAUUGUCCACAGAGAAAAACACGAGGGUGGUUUCGACUUGGUUCAUAUCAAGGAUGCUCUCGACAACACUUUCGUCACCAGAUUAACUAACGUUUUCGUUGUCGGUACUGAAGCUGGUAAGCCAUGGAUUUCCUUGCCAAAGGGUAAGGGUAUCAAAUUGUCCAUCUCAGAAGAGAGAGACAGAAGAAGAGCUCAACAAGGCUUGUAA